UUGGAGCUCGCUCACUUCAGAGGCCGGAGCUCGCCGAGUGGCUUCCCCCGCCGGAGACGCUCCAGGAGCCGCGCACGUUUCUCCAGCCUCCCAUCCGACACCAUGAAGCCCAACCGCGCGCGCUUCGGACCGUUUGGAGCAACGCGUUCCCUGAGCGGCAGGAUUUAGUGGAGAAGUUGGCUCCGGACGCGGACGAGCUGCGGACUCUCGGAGGGAUUUUCGUCUCGUUUUCACCACCAACUAUCUCAGUCGAUCCAUCCAGCGCUCACGGAAUCUAAAGCUUUGGAACGGGAAACUAUUUGUGGAUGGUGGGCGACUCGUGGGCAAGUUGAGAGUUGCACCUGGGGGCCACUCUUCUGCUGCGCAGCAUGCGAACGGAGGAUGUUGUCUGAGUCGGGCCUCGCUGCUCUGCGUGUCUCCUCAUCCAGAGGAAUGAGGGCGCUGCGGUGCUCGCUCUGGAUUGUCACCUUCCUGCCUCUGUGCGUCACUGCGGCCAGGCUGCCCAGCCCUCAGCCCACAGAGUCAGUGUCCAGCGAGGCAGCCUUCCUGGAGGACUAUGUCCUUGGCAUGGGCGACACCUUCGACAUGGCCUGUGACCUGGACGACCCAUCCGAGCCCAUCGUGUGGUACAAGGAUGGCGCCGGCCUCGUGCAGACCAACCGGACGCGGCUGGGUCAGAGAUUGCUGCGCAUCAUUAACGUGUCUUACGAGGACUCGGGCGUCUACUCGUGUCGACUGGCCCAAAGCAACACGCUGCUCAGCAACUACACCAUGAGAGUGACAGAUUCUCUGUCGUCUGGUGACGAUGAAGACUAUGAUGAAGACGCGGAGGAUGCAGGUAAUGAAAAUGCCCUGGCACCUUACUGGACGAGGCCUGACCGGAUGGAUAAGAAACUCCUGGCGGUGCCGGCAGCAAACACCGUCAGGUUCCGAUGUCCCGCCGCUGGAAACCCGCUGCCGACGAUCCACUGGUUGAAAAAUGGCAAGGAGUUCAAGGGCGAGCAGAGGAUGGGCGGCAUCAAGUUGAGACAUCAGCAGUGGAGUCUUGUUAUGGAGAGUGCUGUGCCAUCAGACCGUGGAAACUACACCUGUUUGGUCCAGAACAAGUACGGAACCAUCACCCACACCUACCAGCUGGACGUGCUGGAGCGCUCGCCUCACAGACCCAUCCUGCAGGCCGGCCUGCCAGCCAAUCAGACGGUGCAAGUGGGCAGCGAUGUGGAGUUCCACUGUAAAGUGUACAGCGACGCCCAGCCUCACAUUCAGUGGCUGAAGCAUAUCGAGGUGAACGGCAGCCGCUACGGGCCCGACGGCGUUCCCUACGUCAACAUCCUGAAGACGGCCGGUAUUAACACCACAGAUAAGGAGCUAGAGGUCCUCUUCUUGACCAAUGUGUCCUUUGAGGACGCGGGCGAGUACACUUGCCUGGCAGGGAACUCUAUCGGCUAUGCUUACCACUCUGCUUGGCUGACGGUGCUUCCAGCAGUUAGCACAGAGAAGGAGGACUACUACGCCGACAUCCUGAUCUACGUCACGGGGUGCGUGCUCUUCAUCCUGGCCGUGGUCAUCGUGGUCCUGUGUCGCAUGCGCAUGACCACCCAGAAGACGCUGCCCACGCCGCCCGUGCAGAAGCUCUCAAAGUUCCCGCUCAAGCGACAGCAGGUGUCCUUGGAUUCCAACUCCUCCAUGAACUCCAACACCCCGCUGGUCAGGAUCGCCCGACUGUCCUCCAGUGACGGACCCAUGUUGGCCAACGUCUUGGAGCUGGAGCUGCCUUCCGAUCCCAAGUGGGAGUUUUCUCGCACGCGGCUAACCUUGGGUAAACCACUGGGCGAGGGCUGUUUCGGUCAGGUGGUGAUGGCUGAGGCCAUCGGUAUUGACAAGGAAAAGCCCAAUAAGCCUCUGACUGUUGCUGUGAAAAUGCUGAAAGACGAUGCGACCGACAAGGAUCUAUCAGAUUUGGUGUCAGAGAUGGAGAUGAUGAAGAUGAUUGGCAAGCACAAGAAUAUUAUCAACCUGCUGGGAGCGUGCACUCAAGAUGGUCCACUGUAUGUGCUGGUGGAGUACGCCUCCAAGGGAAACCUCAGAGAGUACCUGCGAGCGCGUCGACCCCCAGGAAUGGAUUAUUCCUUUGACACCUGCAAGAUUCCGGAUGAGCAGUUGACCUUUAAGGACCUGGUGUCCUGUGCCUACCAGGUGGCCCGCGGCAUGGAGUACCUUGCUUCCCAGAAGUGCAUCCACAGGGACCUGGCAGCCCGAAAUGUCCUUGUCACAGAGGACAACGUAAUAAAGAUCGCAGACUUCGGUCUGGCCAGAGAUGUGCACAACAUAGACUACUAUAAAAAGACCACGAACGGUCGUCUGCCUGUUAAAUGGAUGGCUCCGGAGGCUCUGUUCGACCGGGUCUACACGCACCAGAGCGAUGUCUGGUCCUACGGUGUGUUGCUGUGGGAAAUCUUCACGCUGGGAGGCUCGCCGUAUCCUGGGAUUCCCGUCGAAGAAUUGUUCAAGCUGCUAAAGGAGGGACAUCGGAUGGACAAACCCGCGAACUGCACGCAUGAGUUGUACAUGAUCAUGAGGGAGUGCUGGCACGCGGUUCCCUCCCAGAGACCAACCUUCAGGCAGCUGGUAGAAGAUCACGAUCGGGUGUUGUCCAUGACCUCCACUGAUGAAUACCUGGACCUCUCCGUGCCCUUCGAGCAGUACUCUCCCACCUGCCAGGACUCCAACAGCACUUGCUCCUCCGGCGACGACUCGGUCUUUGCUCACGACCCUCUUCCCGACGAACCCUGUCUUCCCAAACCGCUGCCCAGUAACGGAGUCAUCAGGACAUAAAAACAGGGUGGGACUCUGGACCGCCUCUCCCAGACCCCUCCGCCCGCAAUACUCCUCAGUUGGUCUUAAAUCCUUUUGGACUCCUGAAACAUUGAAGGAUUUUGGGUUUUUUUUCGCCAUUGAACCGUGUUUUUCCAGAAAUUCUAUUUUUAUACUCGGGCCAGUCUUUUCUUACGGACGAUCUGUCGGGGGUGGGGGGGACCAUUCCGUGCCUACUGUGAUCAAAACUUCUGAGACUAUGACACGUUUGAGGAGAAAUGAAGGGCAUUUCUUGGCCAGUGGUUCAGGCAGCAGGCGCCGAGGUUUCGCCGCCAGAAACACACCAGCGUAUAAAAAGUGGGUCGACACGAGAAUCUUAAAACGCUUGCUCAGCAGAAGAGAUGCAUGAUUCUAAAUGUGCAGCCGUGUAUUGUGCGUGUUCCUGAUGAUCGUUCAGGGGGUUUUCAGUAUUUCGUUUGCAGUCAGUCUUGCCAGAUUGGUCAAUUUGAACGUUAAUUCAACACAGAUAAGCAAAGGAUUGUUAGUUUUUAAUACGAGAGAAUUGAUGAUUUCAUAAGGUAAUUCAACUCUAUGAGAAAAUGAUUUUUUUUCAAAUGCACUUAAAAAUUAAUUUAAAAAUACUGAAAUAUUCAAUAUAAUUUUGACACUAGUUUUUUGUUUUGCCUCAUAAUAUUAUCAUUUUUUCUGCAGCAAAACAGCAAAAUAAUUUUGUGUAUUAAAUCCAUAAAAUUAUUUCCUUAAAUUCCCUAAGAGAUUAAAAUAAUAAAAAAAAUAAAAAUAAAAAAACAAGACAUUAUUUUAUUCAAAAAAGUUAAUAUAAUGAGACAACAACUCAAAUUUUCUUCUUUGCCAAGACUGGUCUGUUACGUGUCAUGAUUUAUAUAAAUGUAUAUUUAGAAAAGGAUUUAUUGUAAAUAAAUUGAUGAAAAUAUGUAUCAUAUUUCCAUCAACUUAGAAAAAAAAAAGUUUGAAGAUUGCAAUCUAAAAAAAGACACUGUCAUGUAAAACAUUUAACCAUCAGCGAGAGAAAAAAAAAAGGUUUUAUUUGAGUUAUUAACGUGUAUAUUUGUAAAGAUAUUUAUAGACUAAACAUAUUAAGUUGAAGAGGUUUAGUCUAGAGCUUUAGUACUGUACAAAAAGAUUUUUAUUUCAAUUUAUGUUGUAACUUAUUUCAUGAGGCAGAAGUGGUCUUCACAGCUAGCAGACUUCUGUUCCUGGUUUCCUCUCUUCAGCUUUGUUUACAGUUUCGGAAACGGAGAAUGUACGACAUUUUGUGAUUCACGUGUGAUUCAUGAACUCUUGAACUGAAGUCUCCUGCUUGAUGGUAGAAAUUCUUUUUUUUUCUUUUUUAAAUCUGGUUUGCAAUAUGGAACAACAAUGGACCGGAGUGGGCAGGAAGCCUUCGGCGGAAUUUACCAAGCCGAGUGUCACGUGAAAUGCAACAGUCUUUCAGGAUUUCUUGCAAUACUUGUGCUGCUUAAUUUAAUUUUUGUUUAUACUGCUGUAGUCUGGAGUGCAACCAAACUUGACAGAUUAUAAUCCAGCCAGUUCUUUGCUUCAUUUUCUCCCAUUAAUCCUAUUCUGAGGUAGAUGGCGCUAACCCCGCGACAGUUUCACGCUUCAUGAAACUGUCCUCAUUUUCACAGCUCAGUAGGUGGCGCUCUCGGUUUAAAAAUGAUGUGAGGUUUCAAUGACAUAGUUGAUCAACUCGGAUUAUUUUAGAGCAGAGAGUGCCCUCUAGUGGGCUGUGAAAAUGAAGCCACCGUUUCAUGAAGCCUCGUAAGAUCAGCUCAAGCAAUAGAGGUUGGGCCUUUAAUGUGUUCAACACUCUUUCGACUUCAAAAGAAAGAAAAUUGUUUAAACAUUAAAAUGGCAUUUUUAAUAAGAAAUUGAACCUUUACGUUUUAAAUAAUGUAUAAUUAUUCUGAAAUAUGUCCAUGGUUAUUUUAAUUUGAAUUUAUACAUAUAUAUAUUUUUUUAAGUUUUUUUAUUUUAAUCAAUUCAGUGUUACUGGCAGCAACAGCUGUGUAUCAUCGUGACCGCUAUUUUAGAAGAAAAAAACAUGUUAUUAUAAUCAUAUUUCACGUCUUACAAAGAGCAAUUUGGCUUCAAUGGAAACACUUGAGCGGCACGUUCCACCGAAGGCUCCCCACCAACCCCCCCCCCCUGCAGACGCUCCUGGUCAAGAUUGUGAGGCUACAAACGUGGUCCACCUUGAUCUGCGCAGACCUUGUUGUUCUCAAGUAUUAAACCUGAAAUGAAGGCAUGUUGUGUCACGCACAGCAAAGUUUUAUGACAUAGAUUUAUGAGUAUAUCUGCUGAAUUGUUCUUGUUUCUGAGAAGAAAAAAAAAGUGCCAAAUUUGUCUUAAGUCUGUUGGAGAGUCCUGCCGAAGCCCAGUGCAGGGAAGGACUCCUCCAUUUGUUGGUGUCUCCAGUCGCUUGCUGGAAGCCAAAACGGCAUCAGGGUUGAACUUGUCGAAGAGUUUUGUCAUUUACAAAAAGGGAAAAAAAAAGUGGCAUUGAAGAGUGGAUCAGAAUAAUUCCAUGGAAAAGAUGACACUUUGCAAUGGCCUGGCUGCGAACCGAUCCUGGGACUUCCUUCGACGUCCAGUACUGAAAGUAGUUUAUUGUUGAAUUGCCUGGAGAGUUUGACGGUUCUCUGUCCACCAGACAGACCAGAGCAAAGGCCCUUGUGAAGUGGAGUCUUGCACACGUUUGUUUGUCCUCCACGCUUGCUGUCUGCAUCAGUCCAACCCAUCAAGUGCCUGAUCCAAACCGAGGUUGCUGAGUGAAUGUAUGACGGAGAGACUAUCGCCGAGCUGGGUGUGAGGCUGAGGCGGCUGCAGGUGUCGCGAGGGCGCCACUGGUGAAACAGACGCUGGCUGUUUUAUUUAUUCUUCCAUGCUGUGUCAAAGCUUUCCCUAUGGUGAGAGUAUUUUUAUUCAUAACUACCUGCUUUCUUUUUUAUUAAAGAGCUAGAUGACGAUGACCACGGCGCUGGUGUCCUCUUUGAUCUCACUCGCACAGUGACCCCAGGAAAAUGGAUUCAUCUACUGACUGUGACGUUGACGUAGUGGUUUGAAAUGUCUCGCAUUUUCAGGGAAUUUGUCUGCGUGUAAACGUAGCCCAAACCCUCCGUCUGGAUUCAACAACGUGAGAGUCAGACUCCGGUCUGUGGUUGUUUACAGCCAAGUGAUCGAGGGUUUACGUGUCAAUAAGACAAACUUAGAGCCACAAAAAUGGGACUUUGUGGGCGCCUGGUUUCCCCAUCCAAACCGAC